AUGGCGCGUCUCGGUCGUACGGGGUUUGUCACCCUUGCGGUGAUAUUCCAUCUCAUAUAUUGCUAUUCAAUCUUCGAUAUCUAUUUCGUUAGUCCGAUUGUGAGCGGAAUGCGAUCCUUCCAGGUGGAACGGGAUCCUGGGACCAGUGCUCCGGCAAAACGACUCGUUCUGUUUGUUGCUGAUGGCUUGCGCGCCGACAAGGCUUUCCAGCCUUUGCCGGACCCAGAUGGCUAUGAGGACCCCGACAGCAGCGAUCCUAUCCAUCUUGCGCCGUUUAUUCGAUCCCGCGUGCUUUCCCACGGUACCUUCGGCAUCUCCCAUACUCGAGUUCCCACCGAAUCGCGUCCCGGCCAUGUAGCUCUGAUCGCUGGGUUAUAUGAGGAUGUGUCGUCAGUCACAACCGGUUGGAAGUUAAACCCUGUGAAUUUCGACAGCGUGUUCAAUCGGAGCAGGCAUACAUGGAGCUGGGGAAGUCCUGAUAUCCUACCGAUGUUCAAAGAGGGCGCCGUUCCUGGUAGAGUCGAUGCGGAUAUGUAUGGAGAAGAAGCCGAGGACUUCACCAUGGAUGCAACACUUCUUGAUACCUGGGUGUUUGAUAAAGUGCAGGAGCUCUUUGCGUCGGCCAAGAGUGACCCGGAGCUGGAUAGAAAGCUGCGCGAGGAUAAGCUGGUGUUCUUUUUGCAUCUACUCGGACUGGAUACCACCGGCCACUCCUACCGCCCCUACUCAAAGGAAUACCUGCGCAACAUAAAAUUGGUCGACGAGGGGGUCAAGCGGAUCUCCCAGAUUGUGGAGAACUUCUAUGGCGACGACAGCACGGCGUUUGUUUUCACAGCGGACCACGGCAUGAGCGAUUGGGGUAGCCACGGAGACGGCCAUCCGGACAAUACGAGAACCCCGCUUGUUGUCUGGGGGUCUGGGGUGGCUGCCCCCAAACAUCCCAAGGAUGGUGUCCCUUCAGGGCACGAAGACGGGGUUUCAUCCGAGUGGAAUCUCGGUAGUGUUCAACGGAACGAUGUCGCGCAGGCUGAUGUCGCAGCUCUCAUGGCAUACUUGGUUGGACUUGAUUUCCCAACUAAUUCCGUUGGUCAGCUCCCUCUGGAAUAUCUUGAUGCCAGUCCAAGGGAGAAGGCCCUGGCUGCCUUUGCAAAUAUGCAGGAGGUUCUGGAGAUGUAUCGCGUUAAGGAAGAGCACAAGAAAGAAGCCUUGAUCAGGUAUAUACCGUUUGAGCCUCUUGCAGACGGAGGCGAAAACUCCGUGGAACAGCGCCUCACAGCUAUCGAAGAACUGAUCCGCAGCGGUUCUUAUCAGGAGUCGAUUGAGAAAUCUGCUGCUCUGUUCCUGACUACCUUAGAAGGUCUGCGCUAUCUUCAGACGUACGACUGGCUCUUUUUGAGGACUAUUGUCACUCUAGGAUAUCUGGGAUGGAUUGCAUAUGCUUUGACCACGGUUAUUGACCUUCAUGUUUUGCAUGGAACUUCCGACUCAAACCGUACAACAUCCAGUACCAUCUUUUUCUCAUCCAUUCUUGUGGUUCUAUUUUCGGUUUUCUUCUAUCAGGGAUCAUCGUGGAGAUACUAUUUCUAUGGAUUCUUCCCCGUUUUUUUCUGGGAAGAAGUCUUUUCCCGGAGAAAAGCCUUGAUCGCGGGUCGAGAAAUUCUUUUAGGACAUGUCCGCUCUGUGAGCGACCACUUCUCCUUCGGAUUUCAGUUGUUAAUUUUCCUGGGAAUAUUGGAGGCAUUGGUUCACUCUUACUUCCAGCGGGAAAUCUACACUGUAUGCUUCAUUCUAGGCGCCUUCUGGCCCCUGUUCUAUGGCUUCGGGUUCCUGAAAAAGCAUGCUGCUCUUUCUGCAACUUGGGCUGUUGGCUGUCUUCUUAUGAGUACCUUUACCCUCCUGCCCGCGAUCAAAGUUGAGGACAUCAACACCAUAACAUAUGGUGCUGUUUUAAUGCUCCUCGCCGGCCUCCUAUAUUUGUUGUUUGAGGAUAACAUUUUAGGGCCUACGCAUCAUUCGUUGCAACACUCAACAGCCGUUUCAAGACUCGGUUCACGGACUAUUAUGGGAAUGCAGCUUGGAAUGGUUAUACUCGCGUGGAUCGUAACAAAGUCAAGCAUAGUCUCGCUUCAAGCUAAGCAGGGCCUUCCUUUCGGCAAUCAGGUAGUUGGAUGGUCUGUUUUAGUUGCGUCUCUUCUACUACCAUUCUUGCAUCGACUAUAUCCGAAUAGUCACUACCUGCAUCGCUUAAUAGUGCUCUUCCUAACAUUCUCGCCCACCUUCAUCAUCCUUACUAUUUCGUACGAAGGGCUGUUUUACUUCGUAUUCUGCAUGACCCUAAUCACCUGGGUCAGGUUAGAGCAUGCCACAUACAUCCAUACUACCGCCACACCUCUCAAGCGAAAGAAUGGUACGGUCCCAACAAACUCGGUGGCGUCCAAGGGCAUGAGCACGGGCGCCACCGCGAUUGUGGAAGGCGAAACGUACCAAUUCCGGACGCUCAGUGUUUCAGAUGCCCGUGUCGCCUUGUUCUUUUUCUUCCUUCUCCAAUCCGCGUUUUUCAGCACGGGGAAUAUCGCUUCUAUAUCCUCGUUUUCGCUCGACAGUGUUUACCGGCUCAUUCCCGUAUUCAAUCCGUUCAGCCAAGGUGCGUUGCUGGUUUUCAAGAUCCUCAUUCCGUUUGCGAUCAUCAGCGCGAAUCUGGGGAUCCUCAAUCGCCGCCUCGAGGUUGCGCCCAGUGCAUUAUUCAUGGUCGUCAUGUCCAUCUCGGACGUGAUGACGCUGAACUUUUUCUACAUGGUCCGCGACGAGGGCUCCUGGCUCGACAUUGGCACUACAAUCAGUCACUUCUGCAUUGCUAGCGGCUUGUGUACUUUUGUCGCUGGGCUUGAAUUCCUCAGCGAAGUGUUCAUCGGCGGAGUCGAUUUUGGACCCCGUGCUGGCGCAAUUACGGCUACCAUCGCCGGCACUAUAGAUGGCGUGGUGUCGGAAGGCCUCGAGCAGAUUCCGGAUAGAGUUGGGGACGAGAGAGACUGA